AUGGCGAAUCGCACUGACCCCGCGGCGAAGAGCAUCAGGGGAACGAAUCCGCAGAACCUGGUGGAGAAAAUCGUUCGCUCGAAGAUCUACCAGAACACGUACUGGAAGGAACAAUGCUUCGGAUUGACAGCCGAGACCCUCGUGGACAAGGCGAUGGAGCUCGAUCACAUCGGCGGAACGCACGGCGGCACCAGGAGACCGACUCCCUUCAUCUGCUUAAUCCUCAAGAUGCUCCAGAUUCAGCCUGAGAAGGAUAUCGUGGUCGAGUUCAUCAAGAACGACGACUACAAGUAUGUCCGCGUACUCGGCGCGUUCUACCUCCGGCUUACCGGCACAGACAUCGACGUCUACCGGUAUCUGGAGCCGCUUUACAAUGACUACCGCAAGCUGAGGAUGCAAUCGGCCGAUGGAAAAUUUGUGUUGACCCAUGUGGAUGAGGUGAUUGACGAGCUGUUGACAAAGGACUACGCCUGCGACAUUGCUAUGCCCCGUGUGAAGAAGAGAUGGACGCUAGAGUCACAUGGCAUAUUAGAACCAAGGAAGAGUGUAUUAGAAGAUGACUUUGAAGAGGAGGAAGAGAAAGAGGAGAAUGAGCAGAUGGAUGGAGUAGAGAAUACUGGCAAUGAUGAGAAGGAUUACCACCAUGGGAGAAGCCCCACGAGAGAAAGGGAUAGAGACAGAAGACGGGACAGUCAUCGCUACAGGGACCGUGAGUACGAUAGAGACUAUGAUAGGGACCGUGGGCGUGGAAGAGAUAGAGACAGGGACCGUGACAGAGACAGGGAUCGGUAUCGUCUAAGAGACGAGAAGGACUACGGUCGCGAGAGAGACCGCGACCGUGACAGAGAAAGGGAAGGAAGGGACAGAGAGAGGCGAGGCAGGGACCGUGGUGGUGGGAGACGAAGGAGUCCAUCAAGGAGUCGGAGCAGGAGUAGAGAUCGGAAGAGGCGUAGGAGCCCCAGCCCCAGAAGGAACGAAGCAGAGGAGACCAAGAAGAAGGAAAAGAAGACGAGUGAGAAGGAGAAGAAAGAUGACGGGACGGAUCAUCCGGAUCCCGAGAUUGCAGAAGCCAACAGAAUCCGUGCAUCUCUAGGUUUGAAGCCACUGAAGUGA